AUGCGUUUUGUGGGAGUUGGAGGAGGGGGCUGGUCAGCCGGAGAAAUCGGCACUGACAUGAGGUCAGCUUUUGCAUCGCAAGGCUACGCAGUCGCCACUACAAACGCGGGCUACGACCACGACGUCUUCGGUACCGCCGAUCGCUGGUUGAUGAAGCGUCCUGGAAACCUGAACUAUCCUCUCAUUGUAAAUUUCGGUCAUCGGGCUCUACACGACAUGGCAGUCAUUGCCAAGCACGUCAUACGCGAGGCUUACGGCUCAGGACCGGACUUCUCUUACUGGCAGGGUUGCUCAAUUGGUGGACGACAGGGGCUUACCAUUGCCAGCAAGUACCCAAGCGACUACGACGGCAUUCUGACAAGCUGUCCUGCUGUCAACUUCCCAGCUCUCCUGAUGGCCAUGUAUUGGCCACAAUUCGUCAUGAAUCAGAAGGGAGUAUACCCACACGCUUGCGAAUUUGAGGCAUUAAGGGCUGGUUCAUUGCAGUUCUGUGACGGUCUCGAUGGGGUGAAGGAUGGCGUGAUUGCUGACCCGGACCUUUGCACAUUCGAUCCAAUAACCUUAGCUGGCACCUCCUUCGACUGUAAGGGAAGUUCUAUCGUGGUCUCAGAAGAUGCGGUUAGCUUGUUCAAGGAUAUUGUUCAUGGACCAAGUGAUCCGGAGGGAAUCAAGUUAUUCCCAGGAAUCAUGCCUGGGACAGCUCUGGUUGGUCUCAUGGCCACUGCGAAUACGCUCUGCAACGGCAAGCAUUGCUCUCACGGCUUGCCAUUCACAGUCGCGGACGACUGGAUACGGCUCAUGCUCAAGAAAGACGCUUAUUUCGAUCCAACGAAGAUGUCGCACGCUGAUUAUGCUCAUUUGUUCCGAGAGAGUGUGGCAGAGUGGGACGCAAUGUUCAGCAGCAACAACCCUGACAUGGAUCAAUUCCGGCUGCUCGGAAAGAAGAUGAUUAGCUGGCAUUCUGUAAAUGAUGAAGCCGUGCCUAUUCUUGCCAUGAGAGAGUUUUAUGAAAGGGUAUUGGCCCGGGAUCAAGCACACAAUAUUACCACCCAGGACUAUUAUCGGUACUUCGAGGUACCGGGUGCAACGCAUUGCUCAGCUCCGACCGGGGUGCCAUACCCUCUAGAUGCGCUCACGACUCUUCAGUCCUGGGUCGAAGAUGCAGUUGCUCCUGACAAGCUACCCGCCGUGCCCCUUGGCCAUCAACGGACCGAAACGAAGGUCGACCGACCGAUCUGUGCAUAUCCAGGGACCGCGUUUGAGACGAAAACUGGGGUUGCUUGCAGAGUCCCUGGCGAUGAAGUGAAUGAAUUAAGGCCAUACAUCAAGGACGAGUUGUAA